GCUUCUGAUUAACUGGAAGUUCCGUGGCCUAAGGAAUAAUUACAUCUCCCCAACUUACUCUUCCAAGACAUUUAGCAAGGAACAAGGCGGGGUAUAGGUAUAUCCUAUGAUGGAAGUGUUUGCCUGUGAGAGAAGAAAACUGUGCUAUUACAAACAAAUACUGAAGCAUUAUGUGGCAAUCCUCCAUAAACAGCAUUCUGAAGGCCAUUAAUAAUACAGCUGUGUUGUAUGCUGUAAGUCUGCUGUGAAGAUAUAGCAGUGUUUUGCUUUUCUUUCAAUGCUAUGAUGUAAUUAAUGGUAUUUGAGGGAAAGCAGGGUAGUAUCUGAAGCCUGUGUUUCAAGAUGCUCUCUGAAGAGAGACAGCAGUGUCUGCAUUUGGUCUUUGGCAGAGCUUUCAGUCCACCAGAAAGGAAGUGGCGAUAAAGAUAAAGUGCCCUAGAUGCCAGUUAUGAAAGUACAAAGAAAUUUGAUGCACGCAACUCUCUCUUACAAAAACGUGAAGAAAAGCUGUUCGGUGUUUUUAUUUACCACAUGAGAAAGAAAUGACUGAUAGCAGAAAACCCUGGGAGAGAGGCAUAUGUAUCCCUGCUUCUGUGGAGUUUCUUAACAUAAAUUAUGACAUCAUACAGAAAAGCUACAAAAACAACACUAUACAUAACCACUUAUAUAAAGCACGUGACUCCUUUGCAAAUAAAGACAAAUGUUUAGAAACUGGAAUUCCUUCUUCACUGGAAAGAACUGUGUAUGCUGAAAUUCAGUUACAAAUGGAUGGAUCUCAAGUUGAGUUGAAGCCACUAAGAAGCCAGUCCUCUGUAAAUAAAAAUAAAAAUGCAACUGAGAGUGCUGAUUUCAAUUAUGUUAAAGAGAGAAAGAACAUCUCAAAAAGUUUGUGUACCUUGCACAACAGCUUCAUUUGGAAUGAAUGCUUACAGCCAGUACAGACUUAUAAUGAUUGCACCAAUAAUUCUUCAGCUUGCACUUGUAAAACAAUGGAACUACCAGCUACCUGUGGGAAUAAAACUGGACAACAGUUGUGUGAUUCCUAUGGCACUACAGUGGAUAACUAUUUGUAUUUGGAAAGAACAACCCCAAAACUCAACAUGGCAUGCUCAGGUCACAAUUCUUCUAGUGGUAAUAUUACUGGAAAACUGGCUUCAAAGCCCAGUUUGAGCCAUUAUCAAAACUGCAACGAAGGCCACGGAGAAGAAAUGGAUGAAGAUUUUUCUCGUACUAAGAAAGAGCGCUCCACUUUAUUAGUCAGAAGAUUUUGCAAAAAUGAUAAGGAGGUUAAGAAAUCGGUCUAUACUGGAACAAGAGCUAUUGUUAAAACUUUACCAUCGGGGCACAUAGGAGCUGUCGCUUGGAGUUGUCUUGACCGGAAGAGAACCCACGAUGAAUUAAGGCACUCUAGGAUUAUAUCAGAAGAAUUAAUUGACUUUCAGAUUUCAGUGAGCCAAGCAUUAAGUUCUUGCCUUCUGCAGUCCAUAUGGCAUGGGAUCUUCAGGUCAGUAAAAGGAACAGAAGAUUCUUCGGAAUAUUUUUGCAACCCUGUGAGGGAACCACUAACACCUCAACACCAUGCAGAUUGGUGGUGCAGAGGCAACGGCCCUUGCAUAACACCAUGUUUUCAAAGAGCUCCUGAAUACCGUGCAACUUUACGCAGGACUUCCCUUUCCAAUUUUAUCACUGGUGCUCUACUAGAAGCAACCACGUCACUGGGAGCUAGAAGUGGUACUCUAAAUGUUUUAGGAGGAUCAACUGGAAAGACCAUGCUCAAAGAACGACAGUUGAGCUCAUCUAUGGCUGGAUCAAAUGUCCUUGCUUCCACUGUAGCUGGUGUCAGUAAAGAGCUUGUAGAACUUCAACAUCUCAUUCAGUUUCCAGAGGAGGUUGCUAGUAUUCUGACCGAGCAGGAGCAGGAUCUCUACAGAAAAGUACUGCCAAUCGACUACCUCUGCUUCUUAACAAGAGAUUUGGGGAAUGCUGAAUGCCAGAGCAAACUAUCAACUCUUAAGGCUUCUAUUUCUGCAACUCUUCUUUCUGCCCCAAAUGAGGAACACAAUGCUGUUGAAGAUUUGGUCACAAGAUUCAACGAGGUGAGCUCUUGGGUGACAUGGCUGAUUCUGACUGCUGGGUCUAUGGAGGAAAAGCGAGAAGUCUUCUCCUAUGUGGUACAUGUGGCAAAAUGCUGCUGGAACAUGGGCAACUACAACGCUGUCAUGGAGUUCUUGGCAGGCCUAAGGUCAAGAAAAGUUUUAAAAAUGUGGCAAUUCAUGGACCAGUCUGAUAUUGAAACAAUGAGAAGUUUGAAAGAUGCAAUGGCGCAACACGAAUCAUCAUCUGAAUAUAGAAAAGUUGUCAACAGAGCUCUGAAUAUCCCAGGCUGUAAAGUUGUUCCUUUCUGUGGUGUAUUUUUAAAAGAACUCUGUGAAGUUUUGGAUGGGACUGCAAGCCUAAUCAGACUUUGUCCUCAGUAUAACUCUCAGGAUGAAACACUGGAGUUUGUUGCAGAAUACAAUGGGCAAGACAACUAUUUACAACGGAUAGGUCCAGACGGCUUACACAAUACAGAAAAAGAAUCAACAGCUAACUACAUCUUUCAAACCAUUCGGAGUUGUAAUCGUAGCUUGGAAUCUGAAGAUGGAGAAGAUAAUUUCAUCGACUAUGAAAAUGGAAAUUCCAGAAAAAAUUCUUUGAAGGACAGAAACCGCUAUCAGUUUCUAACAGGAGAUCUGUCAGAUUCUGAAAGUGACAUAUUUGAGCAGUUCAAAGAAUGGACUACCCAGGCAGCUGAAGAGCAGCAGCAAGCUUUUAGUCAUGGGAUAGAACUUAUUCCCUGGUAUGUGCUGUCAAUCAGAGCUGACAUCCACCAGUUCAUGCUGCAAGGUGCAACAGUCAUACAUUAUGACCAAGAGACACACAUUUCAGCACGGUGCUUCCUUCAGCUUCAGCCUGACAGUAGUACGUUGACGUGGGUGAAACCCACCACUGCUUGCACUGCAAAUUCUAAAGUGAAACUGAGCAUGCUGGGUAGCACAGCUGACCUUGGGAAGUUUCAGUUUCUUGGCAAUACUGGAUUAAAUGGACUUGUGGAGGGUUGCCUAGACUUGUUCUCCACCAAGGCUGUGUACAUGGGGCAUUCUGGCAUUGAUAUGCAUGCUGUGUGUGUUCAGAACAAACUUUGCAACAUGUCCCUUAAAGAAAAUGGUGUGACACUAUUAUACGGUCUUCAAACUACUGAAAAUAAGUUGUUGCACUUCGUUGCUCCAAAAUAUACUGCUAAAAUGCUCUUUGAUGGAUUGCUGGAAUUAAUGAAUGCUAUCAGAAAGAUGAAGAGAUUUCCUGAUCAGAGAUUGCAGUGGCUGCGGAAACAAUAUGUCAGCCUCUACCAGGAGGACGGUCGAUAUGAAGGCCCAACGUUGGCUCAAGCCGUUGAAUUGUUUGGAGGGAGGCGCUGGAGUACAAGAAAUACAAGCCCAGGAAGCCUGACAAAAACCGUAGAGAAGCCAAGCGUGCAGAGAAACAACACACUAGGAAUCAGCACAGCUAAGAAAAAGAAGAAAGUACUCAUGAGGGGUGAAAGUGGAGAUGGCACUGAUGAUGAAAUGGCAACCCGAAAAGCAAGACCUUUUAAGGAAAAUCGGAGUAGAAGUGGUUCAGACCCUCAGGAUAUUGAUGAGCAGGAGGAAGCAGAACCAACUCUCCUGGUUACUUUUCCUGCUACCAACACUCUGCCUUCCAGAAGAACACAAUCCCUGGUUACCUCAGUACCACCUAAUGUAACACCUGGGGUCUCGUCACCUGUCAGGCCGGCGUCUUCUCCUGUGAUGUCAUCAUCAAUAAAAGGUCAAUCCAGCACGUGGAGCAGCAGCAGCUGGCAUGGAAGAGGAAAAGGGGGACUGAAGGGCUUCCAAACCUGCAUGGUUUCCGAUAGCAACAUGAGUUUUGUUGAGUUUGUAGAGCUCUUCAAGUCUUUCAGCGUUCGAAGCCGCAAGGAUCUGAAGGAUCUUUUCGACAUAUACGCUGUGCCCUGCAAUCGACUGGGUUCUGAUUCCGUUCCACUGUAUACCUCUCUGAAGAUUGAUGAGAACACAAAUGGACUUCAGCCAGAUUUAGAUUUACUGACUAGGAACAUAUCUGAUUUGGGCUUGUUCAUUAAGAGCAGACAGCAGCUAUCGGACAACCAGAGACAAAUUUCUGACGCUAUUGCUGCCGCAAGCAUUGUUACUAAUGGCACUGGAGUAGAGAGCACAUCUCUGGGGAUAUUUGGAGUGGGCAUCCAGCAACUCAAUGACUUCUUAGUAAAUUGCCAAGGAGAACACUACACAUAUGAUGAAAUCCUCAGUAUUAUUCAGAAGUUUGAACCCAGCAUCAACAUGUGCCAGCAGGGACUGAUGUCUUUUGAAGGAUUUGCACGGUUUUUGAUGGACAAAGAUAAUUUUGCAUCCAUGAACAACGAGUCUCAAGAGAAUGUUGAAGAUUUGCUGUUCCCUCUGUCAUAUUACUACAUUGAGUCUUCACACAAUACGUAUCUCACAGGACACCAGCUUAAAGGAGAAUCCUCAGUAGAACUUUACAGCCAGGUUCUGUUGCAAGGCUGUCGGAGUGUGGAAUUAGACUGCUGGGAUGGUGAUGAUGGAAUGCCUGUAAUUUAUCAUGGCCACACACUAACUACGAAGAUUCCUUUUAAGGAAGUUGUCGAAGCUAUCGAUCGCAAUGCUUUCAUCACCUCAGACAUGCCCGUCGUCAUAUCGAUUGAGAACCACUGUUCCUUGCCACAGCAGCGAAAGAUGGCCGACAUUUUCAAGAAUACGUUUGAAGAAAAGCUGGUGACUAAAUUCUUGUUUGAAAGCGAUUUUUCCGACGACCCAAUGUUACCUUCUCCCCACCAACUGCGAAGAAAGAUUCUGCUUAAAAACAAAAAGCUCAAAGCUCAUCAGACUCCAGUGGAUAUAUUAAAACAGAAGGCUCAUCAGUUGGCAUACAUGCAAGCUCAGGCGAACAACGGUGGUAAUGUGGGGAACCCCUCCACUGCUAACGAAGAAGAAGAAGACGAAGAAGAUGAAUAUGACUAUGACUAUGAGUCUCUGUCUGAUGCUGAUGUCCUUAAUGCUUCUCCUGCUCCUAACAGCCAGGAAGAUAACAUUUUGGAAGACCGACCUGAGAAUAAGUUAACCAUAGAUAAGCUUCAAUUUGAAUAUAGCGAAGAAACUGCAAAGAGAAUAAAGAAAGCAGAAAGCGCUAUAUACAACAACAAAGGAAAGGUUUAUGACAUGGAAUUAGGGGAAGAAUUUUAUCUUUCUCAAAAUAAAAAAGAAAGCAGACAAAUAGCACCAGAAUUGUCAGAUCUUGUCAUCUACUGCCAAGCUGUGAAAUUUCCUGGUCUGUCAACUCUAAAUCCAUCUGGCUCUAGCAGAGGAAAGGAAAGAAAGAGCAGGAAGUCCAUUUUUGGCAACAAUCCUGGAAGGCUGAGCCCAGGGGAGCCAGCAAUGCUUGCCAAAGCAUCUGGAAAAGGUGGCUUUGACAGUGCACGGCAGAUCUGGGAAGAGCCCUUUUCACCUGCUCUUAGCCCAACAACUUCUCUCAGUUCUAUAAUAAGGACACCUAGGUGUUACCAUAUCUCCUCUUUGAAUGAAAAUGCUGCCAAACGCUUGUGCAGGCGAUAUUCUCAGAAGCUGAUACAACAUACCACCUGCCAGCUGCUGAGGACAUACCCGGCUGCUACCCGCAUUGACUCAUCCAAUCCUCAUCCCCUUCUGUUCUGGUUACAUGGGGUACAGCUGGUGGCACUCAACUACCAAACGGAUGAUCUCCCUCUUCACUUAAAUGCAGCAAUGUUUGAAGCAAAUGGUGGCUGUGGGUAUGUUAUGAAACCACCUGUUUUGUGGGAUAAGAACUGUCCAAUGUAUCAACACUUUUGUCCUUUAGAGCGAGAUUUGGACAAUAUGGAGCCAGCUAUUUACUCAUUGACAAUUGUGUCUGGACAGAAUGUUUGUCCUAGCAACAGCACAGGAAGCCCUUGCAUUGAAGUUGAUGUGCUUGGGAUUCCGCUGGAUAGCUGCCAUUUCCGCACUAAGCCCAUUCAUCGCAAUACUCUCAACCCCAUGUGGAAUGAGCAGUUCCUUUUCCGGAUUCACUUUGAAGAUCUAGUCUUCCUUCGUUUUGCUGUUGUUGAAAAUAAUUCUUCAGCUGUGAUGGCUCAAAGAAUCAUUCCGCUGAAGGCUUUAAAAAGAGGAUACAGGCAUCUGCAGCUACGAAGCCUGCACAAUGAAGCACUAGAAAUCUCGAGUUUGUUUAUUAACAGUCGAAGAAUGGAAGAGAAUCCUUCUGGAAACAUGGUGCCAGCUUCUUUGCGGUUCAGUACUGCAGAGAGGAGAGAGGCUGCAGUGUACAAAGUCACUAUACAUGGAGUUCCAGGACCAGAACCUUUCACGCUUUUUACGAUAAGGCAAGGAACCACAGCAGCUCAGCUUUUGCAUCAAAUUUUGGCGACUACAAAAGGUAUUGGACAGUAUCCCACAGACUAUUUUUUGAUGGAGGAGAAAUGCUUUAUAUCUAAAGAAAGAAAUGAGUACAGGAAGCCGCCAUUCCAAAGAGUGCUCAGUCCUGAGGAAGAGAUUGUCCAGCUUUUGAACAGCUGGUUCCCAGAAGAAGGCUACGUCGGAAGAAUUAUCUUUAAAACCCGCGAGGAAAGCUUAAACAACAGAAAUCUUUUUCUGGAGGAGAAAGAUGAUGCAACUGCUAGCUCCGAGGAUGACAGCUUUUUUGUUCAAGUUCAUGACGUUUCCCCAGAGCAACCUCGUACAGUCAUCAAAGCAUCUCGCUUCAGUACAGCCCAGGAUGUCAUCCAACAGACUUUAUGCAAGGCUAAGUAUUCCUACAGUAUUCUGAACCACCCCAACCCAAGUGAUUAUGUUCUCUUGGAGGAAGUGACAAAGGAGGCAGCAAACAAGAAGUCUUCUACACCCAAAAUGUCUCGGAGGAUCCUUGCCGACCAAGAGUGUGUGUUUCAGGCUCAAAACAGGUGGAAGGGAGCUGGGAAAUUUAUCCUUAAGCUUAAAGAACAAGUCCAAGCAGGUCGAGAUGAUAAAAGAAAAGGUAUUUCAUUUGCUAAUGAGUUUAAGAAAUUAACUAAAUCAAGUAAGCAGUACAGGGGCUUUAUAACCACAUCUCUACAAACGUCUUCAGAGGGUCUGCAAAGUAAAGAUGACAAGACUGCAUGCAGUUUGACUUACAGCGACACGAUGGAAUAACCUCCAGAGAUUUGUAUUCAGGAAAUGACAAAGGCCUUGAGACAAAAGCUGCAGUGAAGUUGAUAGAAAAUGAUGAUGGAUUCACUCCCUCAGCUUCUUUGCGCAGUCUUGCUUUGGGGGGAAAUGGGGGUGUAACUGGAACGUGUCUAAAUACGAGACAAACCUUCGUACCGUGGAGCAAGUCACUGCUAAGGAACUGGCUGGCCCAGCUGAAUCUCUGCUACCAGUGCAGGUGCAAUCUAGUUGCUGCUUCUGCUGGCAAGAGCCAAUUCUGUGAACAGUGGAGGAAGUUAUAUUUUUGAGGCUUUGGAAGAAUACCCUGGAAGCAUUGAAAACUGUUCCUGCUUAUGUCUUCAUAUUCACUACCUUUGGACAAGAGGGAAAGUAAGCACCUCAUAUUGUCCAUUGCAAGCAGAAAUCUGCCUUUUUAGAAAAAAAAUAAUUUAAUUAGGCAUCUUAAGGGAAAAUGAAAGUUGAGGAUGUUCUGUAGUGUGUUACAUAACAAUAAUGCACUUUUUAAAAGCGGCUUCUAAACACACUUUUAGGUGGUUGUAGGCAGAUAAAUGUACAUUGUAAUUCAUAGAUUUCAGUAUGGUGAAUAUAAAAGUUAUGAUUUGUCAGUGUACAGCUGUAAGUAUACCUAUUUUAAUAGCGAUACUGAUUAGGAGCAACAUUUCGUCAUGCAAUGUAUUCUAGUUUUUGUUUUUUUAAAAUGAUUAUUUAUUUUAAUAUUCUAAGGUAUGUGCCACUGUAUAAUGUAUUUAUCAUGCCUUGCUUUACAGAAAAUUAUAUGUAUCUCUGUUUAGAGAAGAUAAGCAUUAUAAUGAUAAGUACAUUCAGGAAACAUAAUCUGUAUGUUCACUAUCAAUUCACUAUUAUAAAGAUGUUUUGAGAGAAAUUAACAGCUUGAAGUUUUUUCUAUCUAAAUUGUUAACAUUGAAUAUAUAUUCGUUCUUACCAUAGCUGGCAACCUUAUUUAAGAAAUUUAAACCUAAAACAUACUAGUGUGUUCAUUUUCAGUAUAAACCUUGCAAUUUCUGUUUACAUAAAAGUAUUUGUAAAGAUUUGUA